UUUAAAUAAGACCCGACAUUAUGUGUCUAGAACUCUAGUGUUAUAAAGUUGUAUUGAUAUUAUCGUCUCUUACAUAAAGUUAUCUGAUUAAGUAAAAAAUUAAUAAAUUCUCUACAGAUACUUUCAGUGUUUACUAAAGCUCACAGUGGCAAUGAAGGUGACGUAUUCCUGGAUAAUAUAUUCAUGUUUAAUUUCCGGAUCCAGCAUUUUGUGUGAUAGAAAACUCGAAGUACGACAAGCUGUAUCAUCUCCCUCGGAAGACAUUGAUGAUAUGUUUCAUUGUUCAAAUGGACUGCGUAUAGAAUGGUCAUUGGCUUGUGAUGGUAGUAAGGAUUGUCCAGAUGGUUCGGACGAGACUAAAGAGUUGUGUGCACGAUACGAGUAUGGAACAAAUAUCAGCAUGGAUUGCGGUACAGUAUCCAAAGAAAUUAAAAAUGAACAUUCAUUAAAAGCAACACCUUGGAUAGUUGAUAUAUAUGCAAUUUUUAAAAAAACAAACAAAUAUUCCCAUGUAGGUUUAGGAUCAAUCAUUUCUCCAAAUGUAUUAGUUGCUGCGGCACAAAUUUUUUGGAAAUACGGUAUAAAUAGUAAGCAAAAUUCAAUAAACGAAUAUGGUCAAUAUUUUUAUAAAAUUGAUGUUCCCUUACUAACUGACAAUAAGAAUAAUCACUAUUUUAUCGAUGCUGAAAUGAUUUACCUGCAUGAUGAAGUAACUGAAUUUUCGGUCAAUUUUGAAGAUUUAGCAGUUAUAGUGUUAGAAAGAAAAAUUUCGUUUAGAAAUGGUGUUACACCCGUUUGUAUCGAUUGGUAUAAGCAGCAUAAUAUUUUACAGAACGAGAUUUACGGAAAGAUUGCUGGCUUUAAAAUACAGACACGACGUCUUAAUCAUACUGUAUUACAACGAUUUUUUCCACACAUCAAAAGGAUCGGUUCUUGUAUAAAAAUGAAUAAAGAUUCACAAUCAACGAAAAAUGUGAAGUUUUGCACCAGGUUGUAUAUGGGAAAAAGAGAAGUUGAUGGAUUUGAUUUCCAAAGCUUUAGUUUUUUAUACUCCAAUUCAUAUUUUUUAACCGGGAUAAUCGGUUUCUGGAAUUUAAAUUUAUCCAAUUCGGACUUAGUUUUUAUAUCCAUAGAAAACUAUUUUCCAUGGCUUCGUGGAAUGUUGAACAAACAUAGCACAGCGAAUUCAUGUGUUUUACCAGCUAUUGAAGGAGUAGUACAUUCUUAUGAAGGUUCUCAUUCAAUUUUAUCACCCCGGACAUUAAUUGAUCGUUACACUACUGUUAUUGAGAACUGUGAAGUUGGAUAUCAUAAAGCUCAUCCUAAUGGUUUUAGAGUUUGUCAGAGAUAUGGAAUUUGGAAAACGGAUUCUGAUAAAUUAUGUUUGAAAAUGUGUCAACCUCUACUAUCACAUAGCGUAGAUAUUAAAUGUAGUUAUAAUGGUAAGUAUGCUAAUUGCACAAAUCUAUCUAUACCUGACACAAUAGCAAAACAAUCAUGUAAGCCAACACAUUAUUUUGCACCGAAUGGACAAGAAAAGGCUGCACAAGAAUUACAUUGUCAGUCUAAUGGAAUGUGGGAUAAAGAACUAUAUGGAUGCAAUAUAAUAUCAAGUUCAUGUGUUUUACCAACUGUCGAAGGAGUUGUAUAUACUUAUGACGGUUCUAAUGAAAGUUUAUCUCCCGGGACAUUAAUUGAUCAUGGCGUUACCGUAAAUGAGAACUGUACAUUUGGAUAUCAUAAUGUUUAUCCCGAUAGUUUUCGUGUUUGUCAGACAAAUGGAAAAUGGAAGCCUGCUUUUAAUAAAUUAUGUUUGAAAAUGUGUCCAACUCUUCUAUCUGAUAGUUUAAAUAUUAAAUGUAGUUAUAAUGGUAACGAUGCUAAUUGCUCAAAUCUAUCGAUACCUGACACAAUAGCAACACCAAAAUGUAAGCCUGCAUAUGUUUUACCAAACGGACAAAAAGAGACUCCAAUUGAAUUACAUUGUAUGUCGAACGGAAUAUGGAAUAAUGAACUAUAUAUAUGCGAACCAGAAUGCGGUAAAACAUUUGUCGAAAAUAAAGUACUGAUUGGGAAUGGUAAAAAAGCAAAUAUUGGAACGGCACCCUGGAAUGUGGCUAUAUAUGAAAUUACUACCAAUUAUGACUUAAUUUGUGGUGGAUCAAUUAUUUCUCGAAAUUUAGUUGUUUCUGCGGCUCAUUGUUUUUCGAAUAGUAUAACGGAAAAUAUUACAAUAAUUGUAAAUGUCGGUCUAUACAAAAUUGCCGUUGGAAAAUAUGACAGAAACUUUAGAAAACUUGACAAUGAAUUUACUAAAAUAAUGAAUGUGGAUAGGGUUCAUCUGAAAGAAGCUUAUUAUGGUCUUUCCGGGUAUUAUGCUGAAGAUAUAGCUGUUGUUGUGUUACAAAACAGUGUUUCCUUUAGUAAUGGUAUUACACCUAUAUGUAUGGAUUGGAAUGGUGAUUACAAAGUAUCCAAUGGAGAUGAAGGAAAGAUUGUUGGUUGGGGAAAAACGGAAAAUGGCAUUUUAAGUCCCGUUUUAUUAGAAACACGGUUACCAUACAUCGACAUGAGGUCUUGCCGGAAUAUGUGUACAUUUGGAUUUAAACCAUAUGUAACUCCUGAUAAGAUUUGUGCCGGUUCUUCAUUGGGUAAUCCAGCUGGCACAAUUGUAUUAUGGUGGUGUAAAUCGAGGUUAGAAUAUUUUGUAAGGAAUAUAUGGUUGAACAACACGGUUCUCGACGCAGUGGCUGGAUGAUCAAUUUUAAUUAAAUGAGCCAAAUAUAUUUUAUCCAUUCAACCACCCACCCACCAACCAACUCACAACAGGAUGUUGCGUCAUUCGGAGACUAACUAGGACUGAAACCUUGAUGAUUUUAAAAUAUACAAUUUUCGUUUCCUGUUUUGGUUUUAUACGUAUGUAAAAAAUCUGGUUCUGUUUCAAUUCUUUAAAAAUUAUAAUAAAAUUUGCUAUGUAAUUUGCGUCAAUUAUGGCCACACUUAUUUCAACUAGAUAUCUGUUUUAAGAUAUUUUUAGAUUCUGAGCUAAGCGAUGAAUGUAUUGAUUUUACAAUGAUGUGUGUUUUUAUUUUUAUUUUUUGUUUUUUUUUCAUUUUUUUAUGUGUCUGUCAUCACCUUUUAGGACUGUAAAAGUGCUUGGAUUUUCUUCAACAGUAACUUUUUUUGAUAGUGGGUACUUGGGGGGGGGGGGGGGCAAAAGUAAAAAUUUAGUAGUUUUCUAUACACCAUAACAUUUUUCAAAUAUUUUGACUUAUUUUGAGCUGUUUACGGACAUUUUCGGUUUCCAUUUUUUUUGUUUUUUUUUUUUUUUUAUAAAUAUCAAUAAAAUUUUAUUUGUUGGGUAAAAAAGCGUAAAAGUUUAAUGCAAGGCUCCUGAUAUAUCGUUCUAAUAGCACUUGAAAAAUAUUAAAAAUAUAUAGUCACAAUUUUUUUUUAUAAGCAAUUAAAGUUCAAAUUUUGAUCAAAUUUAUCAAAUUUAUAAUUUAAUAAUUAUUUUGUAGUUAAAAAUUUAUAAAAUGUUCAACUUUUAUAAUUAAGGAUUGAAAAUUGAAAACAAGGCUCUUAGGCUCCACGUAAAUAGGUUAUAUAUAAAUUAUUUUUUUCUCAAUAUUAUCAUAAUAUAUACUUGGUAAUAUCAUAGGCUGACUGACCGUAAUCGCUCAGAAUCGUUUUUCUUACUGAUUACUUACUGAUUUUCAGACUCAACAUUUUUUUCACGUAGAUUUACAUAGUUUAAAGUCAUAGUGGGUGAAGGGAGGGAGGGGUUAAAUAUUUAGGUAUUCAAACAUCACACACAGGAUUAUGUUGUGCCAAAAUACAAAGUAAGCCUCUGUGGACAAAAAUAUCUAAUUAUGGAAAAAGAACAUUGGCAUAAUGUUAUAUUUAGCGAAUAUCUCUUAUCUGUGUAGUACCUGUAGGACUACGGAUGUGCCGUGUGAAUAUCAGCAUAAUAUGUGUUUAUAAUGCGUUUUGGUGUCAGUUAAGGCUUAUUAGUGAUUUUUAUUUCGUUAGUCCAAUUUCUACAGGUACUUAACUAUAUUUUGUAUCUAAUGUGUAUAUAAAUAUGUUAUAUUAAAUAUUUUAAUUGAAGAAGUGUGUACAUGACAUCGUUAUAUAAAAUAGUAUCGAGCCACAUCUAUCACAUCUCAUAGGUACCUACAAUAUUAAAUAUCCUUGUAAUAUCCAUGUACGGUUGUACAUCAUUUGUUUUUAUACUAAGAAUAAUUUAUAUUUAUUUAUUUGUUUAUUUAUUUAUUCAUACAAACUGACUUAAGUCUUAUAACAUAAUAUAAAGCAAGUACAGUAAAUGUUAUGCAUGGUUAGUGAUCUUUCAUAUACACCUAAUUUAUUACCAAAUUGCAGUCGUAUGAUUAAAUGUAGUAUUAUAUAUAAAAUAUUUUAGUUUCAGCACAUGGUGUAGAUAAGGGAGACAGUGGUUCAGGCUUAUGUUUUUUACAUUCUAAUUUGUAUUAUUUAACCGGAGUAGUGAGUCUCAAGGACCCAGACGCAAAUAAUUCAAUCUCACUUUUUACAUCAGUUAAUAUU